AUGUCACCACGAGUAUUCACAAAUCGAAAAUUCAAACAAUCAGAAUCCAAACUACUACUAACCAUAAAACGACGUCCAUUUAUAUUUUUUGGACUACCAUUUUUAAUGUGUAUCACAGGAGGGUCAUUCGGUCUUUCAUAUUUGACACGUACUAAAUAUGAUUUGCAUGCACAAAAGUCAUCUAUGCUUGAAAAAGAAGAAGAAUUACACAUGAAAAAAGAUCGACGAAAAAUCAAUCUUCAGCAAGAAUACUGGUUAUUACAAGCAAAAGAACCUAGUCUAAAAGCCAACGAUUAUGAAAUUAAACGUGUCCCGAGACCGCCUGGUGCUUUUGAUGGGGUGUUGGAAAAAUAA